AUGGUGCGAGACUCCGUCUCGGCCAUGACCAGUGAUCCUCUAGUUGUCCACGAUUUGAACCUCAACAACGAUAAACCAGUGCCUCACCAGCUACAACUGGUCCCAUUCAACUCAGCUUGGGGCGAGACUAAUGUCUAUGGGUUUGGAGGGACGAGCUUAUGCGAGACUGAUGCAGUCAGCGCCACGGCUGCUCUAUUCUAUCUUGUUAAUGCAAAUGACGCCGGCUUGAAGGGAGCUGGUGUCGCGAAGGUGCAAGUCAUUAACGGUACACCAACCGUCACUCAGCGAUAUGGGGACAAUGGUUGGUGGUGGAAUUCUACAGAUACUCCCCGUUAUGGUGAUGUUUGUGCCUACCGCGACGUCAACUCGGAGUACAUAUAUGCCUAUGGUGGCGCACCGACAUCGAUCACCGACUGGGGACAAAGUGCAUAUGUCUAUCUGGUUCGCGUCAAAGCGAGCGAGGCAUUCGACCUCAGCAAAUACCAAUAUUGGUGGGGCCUGCAACAAGGCUGGAAGUCGACUGUUCUCACAUCGUUUACAUCUGAGACAGCCGUUUGGUGGGGAACGGGUCAGGGGCAAAUUGUCUACAGCCCAUACUACCAGUGCUACAUCCUGGUCAACAUGGGCAAUGGUGGAAGCGAUGUCAAGCUUCGCACAGCACCAGCUCCCGAAGGCCCGUGGACGGCCGAUGUUAAAGUCUAUACGGCUACGCCCAUUGACGGUGGACUGACAUAUGCAGGUGUUGCUCACCCUUAUCUAGAUCCCACUGGCAGAACGCUUGUGGUCUCGUGGACCAACAACAACAAUAUUGAGGUUAUCAGAAUAAGUUUCUCGAAAUGA